AUGAAGCUGACCCAGUACAUCCUAACUGGGAAGCAGUCUGAUGUGAAGUUCAUCAGGAAAACCCAGGAGGACCCCGCUGGCCUCCAGGGACUUUGUCGUGAAGCCCAGAAUAUGAAGACCUCAAGUCACCCAAAUAUUGUCAAGUCACUCGAGGUGAUCAACAGGAAGAAAUCGUUAGUCCUCCUUUCAAAAUAUGUAAGCAGAGACAAGCUGUGUGACGAUUUUACGCACCAUGGCCAAGUGACGGAGGAGGUUCCAGACAAAUUCUGCCAGCUGUUAUCGGUUGUGGAGUACUGCCACCAACAAGGUAUGAUCGGCGGGGAUCAGAAGCUGGAGACACUGCUUUUUGACAAGAAGCUGAAGCAAAGGGAGCACACCCCUUCCGCAAACACUUGGAGCCUGGGGGUGGUUUGGUACUGCUUGGCCACCGGGUUUGAGCCGUUUGAGGGGGAAGUCUUCUGGGAAGCAGAACGAAAUAUGGAAAACAGGGAACACAGUGCUUGGAUUUUCAUGUCCCUGGGGAGUGAAAACCUGUGGUACACGUUGACAACCAUCCAGCCCAAGAUCAGCACACCAACCACAGUCCGCUCCUGGAGCUCCAUCGCAACCUGUUCCAGCACAGGCCUGUCCUCAGAGCAGAGUAGUCUGACCUCCGAAGGGACCAGCAUAGGGACCACGAUCAGCGGGCCCAGAUGCAACUCACCAGCCACAAACUCCGACACCAGCAGUGAAUACAGGCAGCCAGGGAGGAUGUCCCUAGAGCCAAAAAAUCGGGUUCUCAAAACUCUUGGUAAAUUCAAAAAUUUAUUCAAAAAACACAAUAAAAUAGAACCCCAAAAAAAAUGCAAAUAAAUGAGAGCCAUAAGAGA